AUGGAGGAAAUUUAUGUCAAUGCUGAAUUUUUCAAAUCUGACAACUCAAUACCUUCAACAAUAAAUCCCAAGAGUCCAAGAAGCUCUAAGAGAAGUUUCUAUUCAGGUGUUACUCUCUCUCUGGGACUGCUGAGUGUUCUCCUGCUGAUUGGACUCAUCACCCUUGGGGUCUACUUGCAUGAUUCGACUGCAAGUCUCUCUGCCAUGAGUAGCAAACUUUCCUCCAUGAAUGAGGAGAGAGACCAUCUGAAGGCAAAUCUUUCCACUAUGAGGAACAAACUUUCCUCCAUGAUCGAGAACAGAAACCUCCUGAAUGCCCGUCUAACUGAAAAGACUGAAGAGCUGGAAAAACUUCAGAGUUUGACCAAACAGAAAAAACCUUGUCCUGCAGGAUGGAGGAAGUUCAGCUGUAGCUGUUAUCUCCUGUCUGAAAGGUCUGAUUCCUGGGAUGCAGCCAGAAAGGACUGCAGAGACAGAGAAGCAGAUCUGGUGGUGAUAGACAGCACUGAAGAACAGAACUACCUCAAGACAAUCACCAACACACACACUUGGAUUGGUUUGAAUGACAAAGAACAGGAAGGACAGUGGAAAUGGGUGGAUGGAACUCCACUGAUUAUGACGUACUGGGGAGACCGUCAACCUGAUAAUGAUGGUGGGGGAGAACACUGCGGUCAUGUCAGAAAUGAUGAGAAAAGGUCUUGGAAUGAUCUUCCAUGUUCAACAUCUCUUAAAUGGAUCUGCGAAAAAAUACCAUAAAACCUCUGUACAGUUUCUUGAAGAUCUUUUCAUCAAUGUUUGUAGUUUUAGUUGUGAUUGUAAUUCAUAGACUAAGCUUUUAUUUACUCUGUUUUAGUCUAUGACUAGGUAU